UCAUCAUCAUCAUUGUUAUGUUAAAAAUCAAUAUUAAGUAGGCUACGCAGAAAAGUACUGCAGGCUGCUUUACAUUAACUUCACCGCCAUUCGGAAUAAGCCCCUGAAACAGCGUGACGUGACAAAUUACGCCCCCGUUGCCUUUUAUAACUCAAACCCAUUAAAAUCUAUGUGGCCAAGUUUUACAACGUUUUGCUUAGAAAAUGCACAGAUCCAAGUCUGCUUAUAAGAAUUCACAUAAGUCUCGUAGGAUAAUGAUUAUCAAACCGUCGAAAUAUGAAACCGCUGAGGCAAUCCAAGCUAACAGAAAAUACUGGGGAAAAGUUUUUGAUAAAUUGGAUACGCCUGCCGUUGCACAAGAAGAGGACCAAUUACAAAAUCGAGACGUUGAGAGCGCCUAUUUGGCUGAAAUAUUGCCUGAGAAACUGUACCGAAAAGUUUGCAAAACAUUAGACUUGCCACUGAAGAAAAAUAUUUCCAACGAUGAAACCGAGGCUCCGGUAGAAGAGAAGCGUCAUAGUAGAAUAAUGAAGGAACCAGUUCUAUAUUUGAGAAAAACCAUUCGUAUCGACCGAGAAAUUGAGUCCGACACGGAAGUAGAAGUUUCUCCCAGACUGGCCGAAGAUGAAGUAAAUGUUCACUGGGAACUCCUAAAAAAGCCCGAACGAGAGCAGGUGACGUGGCCGACGCACUACCUCCAGCCUGAGCGGGAGGAAGAGAAAACUCUCGUCCGAAAGGCCGACGACCUCACAGACCGGAUUGUGCAUGAGUUUUGUGAGUAUAUGACACAAUUGGGAGGAAAUCAACAAUCGCAAUUGUUUAAGCCGAAAGCUAUAAAGGAACUAUUUCAGAUUGAAUUUGACACGCACGUGGCUCGCAGUCUUCAAGUUAUCCCGAAAGAGCUGCCAUCUGUUGAGGAGAAAAUAGCAGAAGUAACUGGGAAUCCAGAGCUGUCGCAAUACGCCGUAUUGGAAAGAGAAGUGACGAGAGACAUAAAAGCGGAGCGUCGCCCAGACAUUUUGGAGGCCUUUGGCCGAUCACUCCCGCACCGCGAGCAAAGACACGCUCCUCAAAACCACACUAAGAGCAUGUGGCGGUCAGCGCGACAUGUGCCUAAAGACCUCGUCUCGUUAAAGACUGUUUGGGAGGGCAUCACUAAUCUCAGGAGCGUUAAAGAAUAUUGCCGCUGGAUGAUUGAUCACCCAGAGUAUAAGCGAGCCCCGUACCUGAGCAGUCUAGGCAUGUUCGACUCUGCCGUGCUGGAAGCCAGACUCACCUUGGAAUCACUUCAGAGGAUGGCGACUCCGGUGGUGGAUAAUAAUUCCCCUAGCUCUAAUGUAUCAGCACCAAUAGAACAUAUCCGGAGAAGGCUUUCGCAGUUGGCAGACAUGGAAUAAUUAAGUACACUGAAUUAUGAAAAACUUUACGAUCCUUGUUUCAUCAAAUUAUUGUUUUAAAUAUAACACCAACCUUUGACCGA